AUGUGUUUUGUGGACGGAAUCUUCAGGGUGAAGCGAUUUAGGCUGGGUGCGAAAGAAUUUGAGAGAAAAGGAAUGGAAUUGCGCUAG